AUGUUGUGGCGCGACGAAGAGGGCCAAGACGAAGGGACAAGGUUUCGCGUGUGUGCCGUGUGCAACUGCCGGCCUUCCCUUCUCAAGGUGCCAAUAAACCUGUGGCAUCUUAUCCUUUCUUUCUGUGACGAUGCGACUUGGCGUCAAACACGCCUGCUAUGUCGUCCUACACAGUUGAGAGUGCCGCUCUCACUCCCAUUUGGGGAAUCGUGGGAUACCUUCUUUACAGAAGGAGCACUGAUCGCCACCGGUGCCACCGGCUCGGUGUACCGGACAAUGCUGAGGGAGGGCGCACCGAACCCUCGUUAUCACAACGCCCCUGUCGCCGUCAAAGUGCUGCAGAAGGGCGAUGUGCAUUCACGUAGGAAGUGGCAAAUUAUUCAGCGAGAAAUUGACUCUCUGCGGAUAUGUAGUCAUCCCCACGUUGUGGAACUCGUCUCGGUGCUGCAGACCCCGACAGAGGUGUAUGUUGUGAUGCAGAACGCCGAGGGUGGGGAUCUGUUUGAUUGGCUUGUGAACAAGAAGGCGCCUUCCGAGGCGGAGGUUAUUCCUGUCGUGAGGCAGCUGUUACAGACUCUCGGCUACAUGCAUGAUUCAUGUGGAGUUGUGCACCGUGACAUUAAACCAGAGAAUAUUCUGCUGAAGCGGGCAGUAAAAACGAAUGAGGUGCCACAUAUCCUCCUUGCGGACUUUGGCUACGCACGCACCUUUGCCGAAGGGACAAACACCUUCCCGAAGAGGACAGAAUCAGGGAGUAUUGGCACCAGCAGCAACUUUCGUAGCAGAAACGACGGAAAUUCGCAUAUGGCGGUCCCAGUGACGAAUGGGACACCCCGUUUGGCACACGAGGAGGUACCCAUUGCUGCAACGCCCUGCGGCACGUUGGGAUUCGCGGCUCCAGAGAUCCUCAUGGUGUCCUCCGAGCGAACCAAAUCUGACAACUCCUCUAGCGUUGCAGCCGACGGUGCCAAGAAACGGCCCGCCACAACUCCACGUGAUGCCCCGGCAUACACGUCUGCCGAGCUCAUGAAGCGGAUGGAUAUCUUCGCGGCUGGCGUGACGCUUUGCAUUCUCCUCACAGGGUACGAGCCGUUUCCGUGUCAGUCGACAAAAGUGCACUUGGAGGCUGUGCGCAACGGUGUCAACUUCGAAGGACCCCACUGGGCACAGGUUUCGGCAGGGAUGAAGACAUUGCUGCGGCGUAUGCUUGCACCCAACGCCAUCGAUCGGCCUACGGCACUUGAGUGCCUGCAGUUCCCGUGCUUUUCCAUUAAUGGCAUGGGUAGCGAUUCCCAAAUAGUGAACUUAUCUUGA